CAGAUUCCAUCUUCACAGCAAACAACCAAAUUUCCUCCCUGUCUUCCGCCACCCUGAGUCUUACUCUUCAUUAACUACUUGUUUCUCAACCAUGGCAUCACCGUCCACCUCCCUUGUUUUCAAAGUUCACAGACGUGAACCUGAACUGAUCACCCCUGCUAAGCCCACCCCUCACGAGUUCAAACCGUUGUCGGACAUCGAUGACCAAGAUGGUCUCCGGUUCCAAAUUCCGGUGAUACAGUUUUAUAAAUAUGAUCCUUCCAUGGAAGGGAUAGAUCCUGUUGUGGUGAUAAGAGAGGCACUAGCUAAAACGCUAGUGUUUUAUUAUCCAUUUGCUGGUAGGCUGAGGGAAGGUCCUGAACGGAAGCUGAUUGUGGAAUGUACAGGUGAAGGUGUGUUGUUUAUUGAAGCUGAUGCUGAUGUUGCUCUUCAAGAGUUUGGUGAUUCUCUUCAACCUCCAUUUCCUUGCUUGGAAGAACUCCUUUAUGAUGUUCCUGGCUCUAGUGGGGUGCUUAACUCUCCUUUACUGCUUAUUCAGGUGACGCGCCUCAAAUGUGGUGGUUUUAUAUUUUCUCUCCGCCUCAACCACACAAUGAGCGAUGCUCCAGGCCUAGUCCAAUUCAUGUCUGCCGUGGGAGAGAUGGCACGUGGCGCACAAGCGCCAUCUAUUCUUCCGACAUGGGAAAGACAAUUACUGAACUCCCGGAAUCCACCGCGUGCAACAUGCAUCCAUCGUGAAUACGAUGAAGUAAUUGAUACCAAAGGUACAAUAAUCCCACUCGAUGAUAUGGCUCACCAAUCAUUCUUCUUUGGACCUACUGAAAUCUCAGCUCUUCGAAGACUUGUGCCACGAGACCUUCGCCAAUGCUCUACCUUUGAAUUAUUAACGGCAUGUCUAUGGAAAUGUCGUACCAUCGCACUUCGACCAGAUCCCCAAGAGGAAAUGCGUAUCAUUUGUAUUGUCAAUGGACGUAAUAAGUUUAACCCACCGUUACCGACUGGAUAUUACGGUAAUGGAUUUGUAUUUCCGGUGGCAGUGGCUACUGCAGGAGAGCUUUUUGAGAAACCGCUAGGCUUUGCAUUAAAACUAAUAAAAAAUGUUAAAAACAGCGUGACAGAAGAGUACAUGCGAUCGGUGGCGGAUUUGAUGGUGAUUAAAGGGAGGCCUCAUUUCACAGUGGUAAGAAGCUAUUUAGUGUCAGAUGUAACACGAGCAGGAUUCGGAGAAGUAGAUUUUGGAUGGGGUAAAGCUGCAUACGGUGGGCCAGCGAAAGGUGGGGUAGGAGCGAUACCUGGAGUAGCAAGCUUUUACAUUCCACUCAAAAAUAAGGAAGGAGAAAAUGGGAUAGUUUUGCCAAUUUGCUUGCCGGCACAAGCAAUGGAAAGAUUUGUAAAAGAGCUAAAGGGUAUGUUAGAGGAGCAGCCAAUUAGUGAGGCUACAAAGUACAAAUUUAUAGUAUCUGCCUUGUAAUUCUACUAUUUUGAAGUUGUGUAGUUUUGAAAUUAUUGGCAUGUAUGAAAUAUCAACUCAUCAUAUUCAAAUGAUAUAUCAAAUCAAUAAUAUUAUAACAUAUUGUUAAAUAA